AUGAAAUAAGAUGACCUUCACUCGCCUAGUCUUUGUGGGUAUCUUAAUUUUUUCCACAUUUUGGGAGAGAUGGAAUCAUAAAAUCUGAUUUCUUUAUAAGAGAAAAAGAUCGUGAAAUAAAAAUUGACAGUCAAGGAUCCCGCACUAUUAGUAUUUUUAUCAAAAUAACAUGAUGAUAAUCAAAUGAAGGAAAUGCUGUUAUCCUACAUUUCUUAGCUUCAGAUGCCUAUAUCUAAAUCAUAAACCUAGGAAUUGAGUCCAUCAAAAAAGUAUGAGGGAUAAAUUUUAGUAAUGCAUAAUUUUAUCUUAGACUCAAACUGUAAAAAUGAUCGAUUAGUUAAUCAAAUAGUUGAACAGUAUGUUCCAAAACUCAAAUUAACAGGUAUAUAAAAUUUUACAAAUCAAAAUUAGAUGAAUGAAGAGUUUAGAGACAAAAUUUAGAAAUUGCGGAGACUUUUGUAUUAGAUUGAUUAACAGGAAGAAAUUGAUAUCACUAUUAAUUAGUAAUUGCAGUAGAUUUACUAGCUAAUAAAACAAAGGUAUUCACGUUAUAUGAAUUCACUACUUUUAUUGAUGGAUGAAAAAGUUGAACCAAAAGAUAUUUAAGAAUUCCUGAAGACUUUUUUGAACUAAUUAAUAGGUUGUACAUCCUAUGGUUACAUAAUAAUCAAAGAAGAAGUAGUAUCAUUACACAGGGAUGAAAAAUAUGAAUAAUUGGAUUUAGAUGAGUAAUGUCAAAGAGAAUUGCAAAAUCUCACAAACAUUACAGAAAUUCAACAACUUGAAUCCUUGAGGAAAUAUUUUAGGAAUGGAGAAUAUAUAUUAAAGUUGUCUCAAACCUAAUAUUUUACAAUGCAAUUAGAUUAAAGUUUCACUUAGUUUGUCAUGUUGGCAAGUAAAUACAAGUAUUUAGAUUCAAUUAUCGACCUUGCUCAAUUUGUGAUUUAUACUGAACAAUAAAUUAAAGUUCAAUAUUUUAGCAUUUUAUCAAUUGGUGAUACUGUGUUAGAAAUAGGAUUGGAGAUAGUAAGAUGCUCAAAGUAUUUAUUAAUCGAAUAAAUAUUAUCAAUAAUUAAUGGACAAUAUCAAAUACAAUAAAUUAAUGAAUACUAGCCUAGUGUAGUUACUUUUAAGUUUAAGGAUUCGUAAUCUCAAUACCUAUUUUCUACGAAUAUGGACUUAAAGAAACCUUAGGAUUUGAUAAUUUACAAUCAAGUCAACCAACUAUAUCAAAGAUAUCAACAAUUUAUAAAGUAAUGCUAUGAGAGAAUGUCCUUUUAUAAAUAUUUCCUUAGAUCGAAGAGUCUUUUCAUGAUUGAUUUUGAUAAAUAAGGAAGAUUAAGGUUUUUGAGUAAGGCACUGCCUCAAAAAAUAAAGCAGUAAUUUAAUAUUGAUAAAACACAGAUCGAUUAGACUUACAAGUAAAUCUUUAACUCAAAUCAAUCAAUGAUACAAACAAUUGAAACCUAUAUUAGUAAUUCUAAGUGGAAAUUGAAUUAACAAGAAGAUGAAUCAAAUAAAAUAUUCGAAAUCUUCAUAAGGAAAGAGGAGAAACAAUUUAAAGGAUUUACUUUAAUCGUAUCAGAGAAUGAUUGGGUAAGGAGAAAAGCACAGCCUCCAAAUUCAGGAAGUUUAGUUAAACAAUAGUUAUUACAAACAGAAACCAUGGAUUAUAUUAAGAAACUAGAAGAAUUCAAUCCUGAUAUCAGGAAUUCAGUUGUGGCUAUGUAUAUGCCUUAAACUCAGGAAUUUAAUUCAGUUUAAUAAUAGUCAUAAAAGACUCCAACCUUGGUUUUUAGAAAGAUAAAAAAAGACUAAGUGGUUGGAAAGAAUAGUUUCCUUUUCAAAUAAAGAGAGGAGGAGAAAAAGUCUAUGAAAGUCAAUCCGAAUAAAUUUAAUGAAUCUCAUUUAAGUAUUAAAGAGCAAGAUAUCAUCUUAGAUUCUCUAGAUUUUAAUAUUCAUUAGAUAAAUAAUAUGAUUGAAAAGCAAAGAUUGGUUUGGUCAAUUUUGGCAAGAGGCAAUUUCAUAUAAAUGUUUGGCAUUCCUUCAGAAAAAUUAGUCACAUUCUUAAAUGAAUUGGAAACUCAAUAUAAUAUGAAUAAUAAUCCUUAUCAUAAUUAUGACCAUGGGAUUGCAGUGAUGUAAUCUGUAAAUUGUUUUGUCAAAUAAUUAUUGCAACACUUAGGAGAACACUUAUUUAAUAAUAUCACUAGAUUCUGUUUAUUGCUUUCUGGACUUUGCCAUGAUGUAGCCCACACUGGUAAAACAAAUGCCUAUGAAGCUAACUCUUUGAGUAGUCUAGCUAUCAGGUAUCAUGAUAGAGUGGUGUUGGAAUAACAUCAUGCAGCCACAACUGUCAAAAUUCUUAGAGAUUCAUCGACAAAUAUCUUAUGCAAUUUUUCAGAUCAAGAUUUUAGAACAUUUAGAAAAUAAUUGAUAUCUAAUAUUCUGGCCACAGACAUGUAAGAACAUUUUAAGAUGCUGAAAGAAUUUGAAUCUCGAAUAGAGUAAUAUGGAAAUGAUCCAGAAGAUUUAUCUUUGCUUUGUGGAAUGAUAACCCACACUGCAGAUUUCAAUGGUACUGCUCGAAAGUGGCCUCAGAGUUAACUUUGGAGUGAGAAGAUCAAUUAGGAGUACAGAGCAUAAUAUGAGGAUGAGGGAAAGAAAGGGUAUCCUCAAUAGCCAUUUAUGAAGGACCUAGAUAAAUUGCAUGUUAUGUCUAAGAAUGAAAUGGGAUUCAUAAAGGUAAUUGUGAGACCAUUAUAUCAUCAAAUGAAUAUUUUUGGAAAAGGAGCUUUCUAAAUCUGUGUAAAUAAUUUAGAUGAAACAAUCCUGGAAUGGGACAAAUUGUACUAAAAAGGGAUAUAAGAAUUGGAACAAUAAGAAUAAUAACAAAAACAGGAGUCUAAAUGA